CAUCUAAAUCAAUUUUUAUAAUUAAAUGCACAGAAAAAACCAAAUAAGAAGAACAAUCAUAUAUGAUCGGAGCGAAAUCUAGGGUUCUUUCUCGUUUUCAAGAUCUCUUCCCGCGAUUCUUUAAGAUCUCUCUGAAACAGUUUCUCCAUUGAAACGAUAAAGCUUCUGAUUCCUUACAUAUCUCUAUCCUUUUCUCUCUGCGUCUUUUUUUCUCAGGUUUGCGAUAGCGUUCUCGUGCGGCAGGUAGGUUGGGGGAUUUGCGUGGGAAGUUGCUUCUGGCGAUGAAGGUGGUGAUUUACUGGUAGAGUUCAAAUGCCGGACGAGGAUUUGAUCGAGCUUAAGUUCCGACUUUACGAUGGAUUGGAUAUUGGUCCAUUUCGUUAUUCCCCAACUUCAACUAUAGCGAUGGUUAAGGAGAGAAUUGUUGCAGAGUGGCCUAAAGAUAAGAAAGUUGUGCCCAAGGCAGCAAAUGACAUAAAACUGAUAAAUGCUGGCAAGAUUUUGGAAAACAACAAGACUGUUGGUCAAUGUCGAGUGCCUUUUGGGGAUCUUCCUAGCGGAGUUAUCACUAUGCAUGUCGUGGUGCAGCCAACUAAAGCAAAAGCAAAAACAGAAAAGAAGUUCGACGAGAUCCCAAGAAAAAACACAUGUUCGUGUUCCAUAUUGUAGGAAUGUCGAAUCAACGGUAAGGAAGUUCUGACGUUUGCUAAGGGGCUGGUACCAGCCAGCCUAAUGAGGUCACAUAAAUGUGUAGCAUGCAAUAGAGAAUAAUAUCACUGUAUGACAAAGUUCCCGUGCCUGAUUAAUUACAUGGUUCGUUUCAGGUCGAUCCUGCGUGACAUGAAUUAUAUAUAUAUAUCGUAUGAAUCUAUAGAAUGAGUAGUAGUCUGAAGUAUGUAAUGGAGGUGGUUUCGAUUGUUUCAAAAUUAUUUUUACAGAAAGAAAUGAGGGGUCAACUUGAUCCUGAGAUUUGUAAUGUCAUACGUCAAAUUCAGCCUGUGUAAACACUAAACUGUUCUUCCCAUGAGUUCUACAAUUAAUGUUUUGGAGUAUUGAAGGUUGGAGUGUGUUUG